CUUCCGUUCCUCAGACACACGGUGUGAGCGUGUCUGUGAGAGAGGAGUGUGUGCAGAGAGUGUGUGAGGAAAGGAGAGUGUGUGAGGGAGGAAAAGUGUGUGUUGAGACUGAUUUCCUGUCCAGAGCUCCGGCCUGAAGAUGAACCCGAGCGGAGGAGCGAAGAGCGGGAAGACUUUCCUCUUCACCUCCGAGUCCGUGGGAGAGGGACACUCAGAUAAAAUGUGCGAUCAGAUCAGCGACGCCGUGCUGGACGCGUACCUGAGCCAGGACCCGGACUCCAAGGUGGCCUGCGAAUGUGUUGCGAAGACGGGAAUGAUCCUGCUGGUGGGGGAAGUGACGUCCAAGGCCAGCGUGGACCUGCAGGCCGUGGUCCGGAACACCGUGAAGAAGAUCGGCUACGACGACUCCUCCAAAGGCUUCGACUACAAGACGUGUAACGUGCUGGUGGCUCUGGAGCCGCAGGCCGAGGAGAUCUCCGACUGCGUGUUCGAAGGCCGGGAGCAGGAGGACAUCGGAGCCGGAGACCAGGGUCUGAUGUUCGGCUACGCCACGGAUGAAACCGAAGAGUGCAUGCCGCUCACGCUGCUUCUGGCUCACAAGCUCAACUUCCGGAUGAGGGAGCUGUCCCGGAACGGGGAGUGUCCCUGGAUACUGCCCGACUCCAAGUCGCAGGUGACGGUGGAGUACCGAGACGACGGCGGCGCCAUGGAGCCUCUGCGGGUCCACACCGUGGUCAUCUCCGUGCAGCACCACCCGGACAUCGGCCUGGAGGACAUCCGGCGCCAGCUGAUGGAGAAGGUGGUGAAGGUGGUCAUUCCCGCCAAGUACCUGGACCAGCGGACCAUCUACCACCUGCUGCCCAGCGGGAAGUUCCUGUUCGGAGGCCCGCGGGGUGAUGCCGGACUGACCGGACGGAAAAUCAUCGUGGACACAUACGGAGGCUGGGGCGGCCACGGCGGCGGCGCCUUUUCAGGGAAGGACUACUCCAAAGUGGACCGGUCCGGAGCGUACGCCGCUCGCUGGGUCGCCAAGUCGCUGGUCAAAGCUGGACUGUGCCGGAGGGCCCUGGUUCAGAUCUCCUACGCCAUCGGGGUGAGCCACCCGCUGUCCGUCACCGUCUUUCACUUCGGCACGUCCAGCCGGGACGAAGACGAGCUGCUGCAGAUCGUCCAGAAGAACUUUGACCUGAGGCCCGGGGUCAUCGUCAAGGAGCUGGGACUCAAGCGGCCCAUCUACCAGUCCACCGCCUGCUAUGGACACUUCGGCAGAGACGAGUUCUCCUGGGAGAAACCAAAGUCUCUGCUGUUUUAGCUUGAAGUGGAAGAAGAUCCAGAUUUUCACCAAUCAACAGCGAAUCAGUCACAGAAGAGUGAAAAACCUCACAAAAAGUAAAGUUCAAAACUCCUCAAGCUUUGGUCCAAACGUCUCAAGUUUCAACAAUCAGUGCUUAAAGCUUCUGUUCCUUGUUUAUUCACUCCAUCCAAACUUUUUAAAUGAUCUAUUUUGAUAUGUGUUUGCUAAUUAAAAACCUGCAUGGAUAAAAAAAUGACUUGUUUUCCUUUGAACGUACCUAUUUCAGAGUA